UUCGCGUUUCGAUCAAUACAAGAGAAUACACAUGUUCGGCGAUAACUGUUAUAAAUUUAACGAAACUCUUUUGAGGUUUCUAGGGGUAUGGCCUUAUGGAAGAACACAGUGUGAACGUUUUCGUGCAAUAUGCAUCUGUAUAUUACUUAUAUCUCACGUGAUUGCAGAGUUUGGGCAACUUAUUAUAGCUGACUAUAGUGUAAAUACCAUUAUCACGAUUUUGUCGGAUGCUUUUCAAGCUUUUUUGGAACUUGUAGUCUUUAGCGCACUUUUCUUCAAUACUAAGGAAUUAAAACGUAUGCUGGAAGAAGUUAUUAAUCAUCGGCAAAUGUUGAUAGAUUCACAGGAAAUUAAAAUACUAGAAUAUUACGUUCACCAAGGAGAAAAAUUUGUAGUUACUGUGAUAUGGUUGCUAAUGUUCCUAGCACUUACAUUCGUAAUAAUCGGAGUGCUGCCGGAUAUUUUCGAUUUUCUUCGACCAUUAAAUGAAUCACGUACACACAAUUUAUUAUUCAUGAAGGAGUACCAAAUAAAUAUCGGAAUACAGUAUUAUUUUUUUUUCUAUUACACUCUUAUCAGUCAUGUCAUUGGUACACUGGCGUCAACAGCCUUUAUUUCGAUCUCACUAUCGAUAACUUUACAUUGUUGCGCAAUAUUAAAAAUUUGUAGUUAUCAAACAGAAAACUUUGUGGACAAUAAGAUAAUAGCGUGCUCCAACAAAAGAAACGAAAUCGUCGGAAAAAUAAUUAGAAUAGUAGAACUUCAUCAAAAAGCAAAAAAGCUUUGUAAAAAGAUUAUGACAAGUUUUACCGUAUUUCUUCUUGUUCUGAUAGUGAUAGGCAUUUGUAGUUUUGCUAUGAAUUUAUAUAGAGUGAUGAACGCAAUAAAACGCAUACAUGAUACGGUUGAAUUUCUACUAGCGAUAUGUUUUUUUAUGGGAUAUGAAGUAUUUCUUUUAACCUCGUCUUUUAUGGGACAAAUAGUAAUAAACCAUGCUGACGAGUUAUUUAAUGCACCAUACAUGUCGUUUUGGUACAAAGCACCUGUAACAAUACAGAAAUCGUUAUUGUUUAUAAUGCAAGUCUCCUCAAAGCAAAUGGCGAUGAAUAUUGGCGGUAUAUAUGCUAUAACAAUGGAAUCUUUUACCUCGAUCACGAGCACGGCAAUAUCCUUCAUGACGGUAUUUUACUCCUUACAGUAGUUCCAUGAUUUAACGCAGAAGAAGUAACUUAUAUUCGUAGUAAUUGUAAACGCAUGAAAAAAAAUUUCUAUAGAAAAAUAAAGUAGGAAGAUAUAAUUU